UAAUUUUGCAGAUGGUUCACGACCCUUCUGCACUUGAGCCUCGUUGUCGAUUCCAGGAAGAUGAUUCUGAAGAAUAUGGAAGUCCAGUUGUUUCAUCAUCAACAAUUGCAGAUAUCAUAAAAUCAAGAAGUGAGGCACUUUUAAAAGAGACUAAAACUUCAGUUUCUCCAAAGCCAGUUGUGAUGAGAGCUGAAUUCGCACAUUGUCCUAACCUCACCAUCAUUGAUACCCCUGGAUUUUUUCUUAAGGAAAAGAAAGGAGAACCAGAGAACACUCCACAGGAGAUUCUUUCCAUGAUGAAGCCAUUAACUAGUCCUCCCCAUCGUAUUCUGUUGUUCCUCCAGCAGAGUAGUGUGGAGUGGUGCUCAUCAUUGUGCAUCCGGGUGGAGAUUCUAAUUUGA